AUGAUCAAUGCCGCCCUGCUCGCCUCGGCCGUCUUUGUGGCCGACACGUACUACGAUGAUGAGUGGGCGAUGUCUCGGCAGACUGCGGAUCACAGUCACGGGCCACGCCCACAUGCACUACACGUGCUCCUCAUCGCCUCCCUCGUCUACUUUGCCCUCUCCCUCCUCCUUGCCCUCGUCACCGCCCCCUCGCUCCUCGCCCUCCUCCUCGACCCGCUCGUCUCCAUCGAUGCCGCCCUCCUCGUCGCUGGCGGUAUCUCCGGCGGACGAUUCCGCACAGACGCCACGGCUAUGAUCUACCCCUUUGUCCUCGUCCGGGCGUACGUCUGCUGUGCCCGGAUCGUGUCCUCGCGGAUGGUCCUGGCGUCACGGCACGUGGCCCGGCAGAGCGUCGAGCUCUAUCUCUUGCUCGUGGGGCUCACAGCCGCCACCGCCGGCUUCAUCCAGGUAUUUGAGUCCAAGUACGACGGGAGGGAGAUGGCGUACCACGACGCCCUGUUCUUCACCGUCGUCACGGCCUCCACCGUCGGCUACGGCGACAUUGUCCCCAGCUCGGUCGGCGGCCGCAUGCUCAUCAUGGUUCUCAUCGUCGUCUUUAUCGUCGUCGUCCCCUGGGAGAUCGGGAGGCUCAUCGAGCUCAUUUCCUCCUCCCCGCCCUCACUCGACCCGCUCGUCGCCGCCCCGGCCGUCCGUGCCGUCCUGCUGGGCGCGCCCUCGCACGACGCCAUGGCUGACUUUCUCGACGAGUUCUACCACGCUGACCACGGGACCUCGCUCGCGACGCAGCUCGUGGUCCUCUCCGACCUCCGCCUCUCGCUUCCUCUCCGCCAUCUCCUCUCUGAUCCCUUCUACCGCAAGCGCGUCGUCUUCCGCACCCUCCGCGGGCCGCGUGACGACGCCUGGGCCCGCCUCGCCACUCCGGCCACCACCACUGUCUUUCUCCACCCGUCGUCGUCCGCCCCGCUCGCCUCGCCUGCUGACCUCGAUGCGCUCACUGCGCUCCGCGCCAUGGCCUCACGUCGCCACUCGGCCACCGUCCGCAUCAUUGCCACCGCCGCAGAUGCCGCCUCGGUCCCGCUCCUCCACGCCGCCGGUGUCGACCUCGCCCUCCCGGCCGCCCAUCUUGCCUGGUCGCUCUACGGGCUCUCCGUCCUCGUCCCGGGCGUCUUUACCCUCUUCCGCAACCUGACCCGAUCCUACGCCCGCGCGUCAGCCUCGGCGCUGCCCUCCUGGCGCGCCGCAUACCUUGACGGCGCCGCCAAUGAGCUCUACGCCGUCGACCUCACGCCGCACUUUGUGGGAACCUCGUUUGUUGCUGCUGCCGCCGCCAUCUACGCCCGCUUUGGCGCCGUUCUCAUCGGUGUCCACACAGACAACGCCGCCGCCCUCGACGCCGGCGUCGGCCUCGUCCUCCGCCCUCAGCACCGCGGCGUCGUCAUCGCCCACUCGGCGGCCACCGCCCACGCCGUCUCGCUCCUCGCGGCCUCGGCGCCGCCCGUCUGGACCGAUGAUCAGCCGCUCAGCCCGCACUCUUCGUCCGACUCAUCGCUCGCCUCGUCCGAGCUACGCUCGCUCACCAUCAACGCCCACCCAUCACCCGCACCCGACGCCGUCGUGACUCCGCCGUCGUCGCCGCGGGUCGCCAUCUAUACCGAUGGAGGCGCCUCGCUUGGCCCGGUCCUGGCCCCGCUUAUCGGCCGUACUACCGUUGAACUGCGGGUCCCUACGCCCAAGUGCAUCGACGCCGCCGCUGCGGUAGCCGCGCGCGUCGGCGCAGCUGGCGACGUUGUUGUCGUUGUUGCACCGUCCUCGGAUCUCCUUUGUCCACACAGCAGCGAAGACGAGGAGAACGCACGAUCUUUGCUGCAGCCGGACGUGGUUCUUGUUCUCGCCGGCGACGGGCGUGCAGGCGCGCAAGAGGUGGCCGAAGAGGCGGCGUACACCGUCGACGCGCCCGGCAUCUUGGCGAUGCUCGCGGCGCGGUCGGCGUACCGGGCGCAGACGCGUGUGGUGGUCGAGCUUGUUGAGCCGUGCAACAUCGCGUUCCUCCCGCCAUACUCGCCCUCACCCCACGCCCACCGGUCGCCGGCCUUUGCCAGCGGCGACGUGGUCUGCGGGCGGAUGCUCGACUCGCUCCUCUGCUACGCGCACUUUUUCCCGGCCAUCGCCGGCGUGGCCAAGACCUUUACCGACUGCGCCAGUGCCUUUGACGCUAUCGCACUCCCGCCUCACGCCGUUGGCGCCUCGUGGGGCAGCGUGUGGCGGCAGCUACUCGAUGGCGCCGCCGCCGUGGCACUGGCGCUGUGGCGCGAGCGCGCACCUGGUCGCGGGGCGCCCAGCGAGCGGUUUGUCUACACCAACCCGGACGAAGGUACAGUGAUGCUCGCCAGCGACUGGAUCCUGAUCCGCCGGCUACGGCCUGCUACAGCUGGCACGGGGUGA